AUUAGCAUUUCGUGAGCUAGCUGGAUGAAGGAGUUCCAAAGCUGGGAACGCUGAGAGAGAGGGAACGAGCAAGAGAGGGAGGAGCGGGAAGUGACACAGGAAGUAGUUGAUCUAAAAUGGGAGACGAUCGACCCUUUGUCUGCACUGCCCCAGGCUGCGGACAGAGGUUCACCAAUGAGGAUCAUUUGGCAGUGCAUAAACACAAACAUGAGAUGACACUGAAGUUUGGACAAGCCAGAACAGACACGGUUAUCAUAGCAGAUCAGACGCCCACUCCCACCCGUUUUCUUAAGAAUUGUGAGGAAGUGGGUUUGUUUAGUGAGCUGGCUGGCUCCUUUGAACAAGAUCUUCGCAAAACACACGAGGAGGAGGAGAGGAGACUUAAAGGCACGCUUGCGGUUCUGCAGACGCCAACAGAGAAUAAAGAGAGAGGCGGGCCUCUUGAGAUUGACUCCUCUCCCGCUGACAGCCCCAACUCCGCCUCCAGCAUGACGAACAGCAAAGAUGCGGUUGCCAUGGUCAAAGAACCUGUUGCCAUGAGGAAGGGCAUGGAUGUUCCUCCAAGGACUGCAGCUAGUUCCACACCUACACCGACAAUAGUGCGCCCAGGCUCGCUUCCCCUACACCAGGGAUUCGAUUCCAUGAUCCCAACUCAACCCUCCCCCACCUCAGUUAUCACUAGGACACCUCCCUCAAACAGACUCAGCUCCCCGUCUGGCUCUUUUCCUUUGCUGAUGCAGCUUCCAAAUGGUCAAACCAUUCCUCUGCUCCCUAGUCCAGGGCAGACUUCAGUCAUAUCGCUUGCCAGAUCAUCGAGCACAGUGCCCAAUAUCCCAGGUAUUCCGGGGCCUCCUAUUGGUGGAAGCAGCAGUGGCUCCUCUUCUCCGUCUGGAUACAGUACACACUCUGAAGCCAAGACGAGGCUAAAGGCCGCACUAUCCCUGCAGAGUCCUAGUGGACCAGCACCAGUACAAAAAACAGAUCACACUGAGACACCAUCACCUGCUCAGCCACAGGCAUCCCCGGCUCAACCAAAAGGUGGACGCAGACGUCGAGGGGCCGACAUAGAACCUGAUGAACGCAGACGCCGUUUUCUUGAGCGAAAUCGAGCCGCCGCCUCCCGUUGUCGACAGAAGCGAAAAGUGUGGGUCAGCGCGCUAGAGAAACGUGCGGAUGAGUUAGCAACUUCUAACGUCACACUUACUAGUGAAGUGUCUCUCUUGAGGACUGAGGUCAUACGCCUAAAAGAGAUGCUGUUGGCUCACAAGGAUUGUCCUGUCACAGCCUUGCAGAAAAAAGCAUAUCUUGCCGCAGGAGUGGACGAGAGUGCAGCAUUAUCUCUGGUGAUGCCUGUUUCGUUACCAGCUCCGGUGUCUGUUAACGGUCUAAGUGUGCGCGCAGCAGAGGCCGUCGCGGUUUUAGCGGGAAUGGGCUCUGGCCAAUGGAGCAACUCAGCUGGAGAUGCUUCCUCCCAAUCACAGCCCACAUCCAGAUGAUGAGCAUGUCAGCCAAUAGGAACUCAAUAUACUUUCAAUGAGUCUUUCAAAGGAGGGAAUUUCCAAAUAUUUCCCCUCAAAACUGUCACUCUGUGUAUUUGCAAAUGCCUCUCAUGUGACAAAUGGGAAUCAACAUUGCCACGCUCUGACCACACCCCUUUCACCCACAGCCUAUCAUAGACUCUCCCUGGGCUAAAUGGAGAAGCAGCUCUGCCCCUCACUAGAAGAUCCCCGACCGUGCACACACUAGGAAGCACUGCAGUGGAAAAGUUUCGUAACACAAUCUAUUUAACACAGAUUUAGAUGUACUUGUAUAGAUCCACUCACUAAUGCAUUCAGUUGAUAUUUUGUCCGGUUUGCAAAUACUUUCCGUUUUGCAUCGUAUUCAAUUGUUUUUCUAAUACGAUGAUUCAUUGCAUGAUUCUGGCCACAUUAGAAAAAUUACUACACUAUGCAGAUACAUUUAAACACGUUAUUUCUGGCUAUCGCUAUCUCACACACUCGCUCUGACUUUCAUAAUGUCCCUCUCUCUUCCUCUCUGUCUUAAUUUUAUUGUUGUAUCUAAAGUAAUUCUCUCAGGUCUGUGGCUGUUCUAGUGAAGAUUUCGUAUCACUUAAGCGUAUCCUGGCUGGCACCACAGAAUGGACUCGCAAAAGCUUAAGAAUGGAGAGAAAAUAAGAGCAAUAUAUUUUUGUAUUUAAAUAUCGUUAUUGGUUUGUCUGCAUUUUGCAGUCUAUAUAUGGAUGUAUCGGUUUGCGUAACCACGUGGAUGUGUUUUAGAUGAGUAUGAUUAUGAUAUGCUCUGCUGAAUUUUAGUUAACUUGCAGCAAAAUACAUAAACCCUUUGACAUUAGAGGUUAGACCCCAAGGUUGAUUUGUAUCUGGUCUUGUAGCAGGGAACGCCCACACAAACACUCGACACGCGUAAUGACUCGUGCUAGCAUUUUGUGAAUGUACCACAGUUAAAUGUCCCGGCUAUUGAAUGUGAAGCGCUGUAGGAAUAAAAUAUUUCUCUUUUCUCCGGGUCUGAAAAGCUCAAAAUGGGUAACCUGAAUGAACUUCAUCUUGCGCACAUAACUGACACAUCAUUUAUCAAAUUAUAUGUCAUUAAACAGUGUCACUGUUUAGUUGCUGAAAACAUCUGACGGUAUAACCGUUCCAUAUAAUACUCGACUCAUACAAUUUGAUCUCCAACUUUUUAUUCUCUGUGUUCUGAUUAAAUGGUGUGCAGACUGUUUUUGUUUGUUUAUCCAGCCUGUCAUAUCAGUUUACAGUAUGUCAUUAACCUGCCCUGCAUCUGGAAAUAUCAUAUUUGGAUGUAAAUGUACCGCUUUCUUCAGUGUGUAUAACUCACUGAUCCCAAAUUGUGUAAUGUGACAUUGAAGCCCUUAAACUAGAGCUGUAAAUAUAGAAUGAGUGUCAGCAUACAAAAACUUGCUUACUGUAUGACUAACUGAAAUGGUUCUUAAGAUAUAAUUAAACAUUGAUGGAACUCUU